AACCUUUUCAAAGAAUCGAGAGAAACGAAAGUGAAAUCCUCUUUCAUUGAAAACGGUCAGUGUGUGUCUGUUCCUGUUGUUUUCGGUUGCACUUGGUCAGUACUGUCGGUAGUCUUCAGCUUGCCUCUCACUUCAGACUGCACAGUUCAUAUUGGAGCCUCGCGACUUCCAGUACAGCAACAUGUCAGGAGUCGGGGAAAUCGAUGAGGGAUUCUACUCCAGGCAGCUGUAUGUUCUGGGUCAUGACGCCAUGCAGCGGAUGGCCACAGCCAACGUCCUCAUAGCAGGCAUGAGGGGACUGGGAGUGGAAGUGGCCAAGAACGUGAUUCUGUCCGGAGUGAAGUCUGUCACUGUCCAGGACGAGGGAGACACCGAGUGGACAGACCUGUCCUCCCAGUUCUUCCUGAAGGAGUCCAAUAUUGGUCAGAACCGAGCCGAGUGUUCCCUUAAACAGCUUUCAGCCCUAAACCCCCACGUGCACGUGUCACCCCACACUGAACCACUGGAUGAGGAGCUGCUUCUAAAGUUUCAGGUGGUGGUCCUCACUGACUCCUCACUGGAUGCUCAGAAACGCUUUGGCAAGCUCUGCCAUUCACAUGGAGUAAAGUUCAUCGUGGCAGACACCAAAGGACUGUGUGGGCAGCUAUUCUGUGACUUCGGGGAGGAGUUUGAGGUCUUGGACCAGAAUGGAGCGAUGCCUGAAUCCGCAAUGAUACAGAGCAUCUCCAAGAAUAAUCCUGGAGUGGUCUGCACAGACGAAAAACACAUGUUUGCUGCUGGCACUAAAGUUUAUUUCUCAGACGUCCAAGGCAUGACGGAGCUCCACAGCAUCGGCCCAGUGGAGAUCACAGUCCAAGGCCCUUACUCCUUCGGCAUUGGCGACACUUCAGCCUUUUCCGAAUAUGAACGGGGUGGAGUAGUGACAGAGAUUAAACAGCCCUGCAUGUUACGUUUUAAACCACUGAGUGAGGCUCUCUUGGAUUUUGAACUCCUGAACAUGAAUGACUACGGAAAAGAAGCCAGGCAUAAGACGCUGCACUUGGCCUUCCAGGCUCUCCACAGCUUUGUGAAGAAAGAACAACGUCUGCCUCAUACUCGGUGUCAGUCAGAUGCAGAUGUUCUGGUUGCAAUGGUGAGAGAGCUGAACGCAGUGGCACAGCUGGAACAGCUGGAUGAAGCUGCUGUGCGAAACCUGUCCUACACAGCCCGGGGCGACCUGGCCCCUCUCAACGCUUUCAUUGGAGGCCUCGCUGCACAGGAAGUCAUUAAGGCAUGUAGCGGGAAAUUUACGCCUCUUCAGCAGUGGCUAUAUUUUGAUGCACUGGAGUGCCUCCCUCAAGAGGAGAGUCAACCGGCAGUGAGCUUCUUUUCCACAAAAGGCACCCGGUACGAUGGGCAGAUUGCCGUGUUUGGGUCGGCGUACCAGGAGAAGCUUGAGAGGCAGAAGUAUUUCCUGGUCGGAGCUGGUGCUAUUGGCUCUGAGCUUCUCAAAAACUUUGCCCUCAUGGGGCUCGGCGCAGGAGAAAAAGGCCAAAUCACUGUAACGGACAUGGACUUCAUAGAAAGAUCCAACUUGAAUCGCCAGUUCCUGUUCAGGUCCGAGGAUAUUGGGAAACCAAAAUCGGAUGUUGCAGCCAAAGCAGUGCGAGAGAUAAACCCGCGGAUGAGAAUCACAGCUCAUCAGAAUCGCCUGGACGCUGACAGUGAAGAGGUGUAUGGGUACGACUUCUUCAUGGGUCUCAACGGAGUGGCGGCAGCCCUCGAUAACUGGGAAGCCAGGGUCUAUCUUGACGGACGCUGCGUUCAACAUCAGAAGCCCUUACUGGAGGGAGGAACUCAGGGAAGCGCCGGUAAUACUCAGGUGGUGUUGCCUCACCUGACAAAGUCUUAUGGACCUGCCGAGUCCAGUUCCAAUGGUGCCAUCCCCCUCUGCACGCUCAAGAACUUCCCUCACCGCAUCGAGCACACUCUUCAGUGGGCCAGAGACCAGUUUGAAGGAUUGUUCAAACAAACACCUGAAAAUGUGAAUCUCUUCCUGAGUGAUUCGAGCUUUGUAGAGCAGACUCUUGGCCAUGGAGACGCUGAGGCCUUGGAGGUUCUUGGGGGUGUGUGGUGCAGCCUGGAGGACAUGGGAACUGGAGGAAAGCGUCCAACAAACUGGGAGGACUGUGUGAGCUGGGCACGUUGCAGAUGGGAGACUCUGUAUAACAACGACAUCAAACAGCUCCUGCACUGUUUUCCUCCCAAACAGAUGACCAGUACUGGACUCCCCUUUUGGUCUGGUUCGAAGAGACAACCUCAUCCACUGACCUUUGACCCGAGCAACAAGACACAUAUGGAGUAUGUGGUGGCAGCAGCAAAUCUCUACGGACACAUCUAUGGGAUCCAAGGGACAAGAGAUAGAGCCUCUAUCAGAACAAUCUUAGAAGCUGUCCAGAUCCCAUCUUUCACUCCCAGCUCCUCCGUAAAGAUUCAUCUCACUGACACUGAGAUGCAGGAGAGCAAGGAAAAUGAAAGUGAUGACGCAGGUGAGCUAUUACCCCUCACUUUUUUUUCCUUUCAUACCUCACCUACUCCCAGGACAACUUUUAUUUUCUAUCUCUGCCUCUUUGCACCAGAAAAAGCUCGACUUGACGAGUUGAAAAGAAAGUUGGCCUCACCAUCUCUGAAAAGCUCUGCCGCGCGGAUGAACCCCAUCGACUUUGAGAAGGAUGACGACAGUAACUUCCACAUGGACUACAUCGUCGCAGCUUCUAAUCUAAGGGCCGAGAACUACGACAUCCCUCCAGAAGAUCGCCUCCAGAGUAAGCGCAUCGCUGGACGGAUCAUCCCGGCCAUAGCCACCACGACAGCGGCAGUGGCAGGCCUGAUGUGCCUGGAGCUGUACAAAGUGGUGCUGGGUCACCAGGACACCAAGUUUUACCGAUCAGCUUUCAUCAACCUGGCUAUCCAGAGGAUUGUUAUGUGCCAGCCGAACCAGCCCCGGAAAUUCAAGGUCACAGGAGAGCCGUACACCCUGUGGGAUGGCUUCCUGGUUGAGGGCAGAGGCGGCGAUCAGCCGGAAAUGACCUUGGGUGAUCUGCUGGAGUAUAUCAAGGUCAAAUACAGCUUGACCAUCUGCGGCCUCUUCUACGGAAAGGCUCUCUUAUACAGUGGGCAAGAGGAGAAGCUUCAGCUGAGAGUGUCUGACCUGGUGAGGAUGGUGACUAAAGCAGACGUCCCUCCGCACGUGAAGAUGCUGGAGUUGGUCCCCUCGUUCGCUGAGGACGAGGACUGUGAGGAAGUCCCUCCCAUCAGGUACCUGCUCCUGUGAGGCCGUCCACCACGAGGAUCCAGUGGAAAGCCGACUUCACACUCCUGUGACGCCAUAUCACUUAAAAACAGAGUUUUGAUCACUUUUACUGUUACGAAACUUUGAUUAUGGGAUGUGAAUAAUUCCACACUCCAAUCAGUUGUUGUCUUUUUAAUCAAAUUCCCAAAACACUGUCAAAUCUAUAGAGGUUAAUGCCCUGUUCCUCAUUCGAGGCUUUUCUGUCUCGUUACUAUUUUCUAAAAAAGGAACCAACAGCCAUCUCUGACGUGCUGAGCGAUAUUAACAGAAAGUCUUGUUUACUAGGGUUUAGUUUUCAUUUACAUGUGUCUUUGGAGAAGUCACGCUAAGAGCUUGUGGAGAUGCCAAGGCAUAUGGAUUAGAUGAUCAGAUGAUCUGGCACUGGUGGAGCAGUGCUGGACCCCUCCUGAGGUCUAAUUCAGGUCAGGCUGAGCUUGACGUUAGAGGGCUGCGGUUGGACCGGGCAGCUGGCAGAGUAGGUUCAGUGCUUCGAUGGUUCACCAGGCUUUUGCCAUCUGGACACAGCUGCCUUGUGUAAAUCCUCCUGCAAACAACACGUGUACACUUCCCCUGCCUCGCUCCCUCCCUCCAUUAAGAAACCCUGACCUGCUCAGAUACUGUGCUCAUCUUCAAGGAUCCUUGUCCAUCCUCACGUGUUUUGGUUUCCAUGUCCCAUAACUCAGUUUGUGUCACUUCACGCCCGCACAACAUUGUGUCGUUGUGUUUAAUUUUCACGGCCGUCUCAGUUGGCUGUUUUGAAAUCAUGUCAUUAAGAACCGUCGCUGUGAUCAUCACUGCUGAUAUCUGUCAGGAUGGUUUCUGGAUGCUGUUUAUGAUUAAAUUAUUUUAGAACCA